AUGAAUCCAAAUUCACCUUCGAAGAAACGUCAAAAAAUUAAUGAAAUUUUCAUUUUAUUAAUAGUGAUGAAAAUGCCAGAAGCACAAUUAUGCUAUCUUCCUUUAGGGUUUAAUACUUUAUAUAGACUAGAUCUAUUACAAUAUUGCGAUGUAUCUAACUGUUCUAAUUCUUUAUUAAUUAAUACAGAUCCUAUUAAAGUUUUGGCUUGCAAUUACACUUAUCACAAAUAUUGCUAUACUGAUAAUGGAUUCAAGUGCAUGUAUUGCCUCUUAUUUUUACAACAAGUUGAAGUUGAAGAUCCAGAAAAUAAUAUCCUAUAUGAUGACGAUGAUGAAAGUGAACUUAUAGAAUAUAUAGCGUAUAUAUUAGAAGAGGCAUUAGAAGAGGCAUUGCAUAAAUUUCAAUAG